AUGCCGAUUUAUCUUUCUUCUCCUCACAGAAUGGAUGAUGAAGAAGAAAUCUGUUUCUUCAACAAGGAUACACUUGUCAUCAAAGCUCCCAAGAAAUCUCCACUGAUACUGAGGAUGGUGGUUCUACUUUUUGCAAUGGUUUGUGGAGUUUACAUUUGCUUAGUUUGUUUGAAGCAAAUAAACACUGACACCAAGACCAAAUUCUUGAACAUCAUAGCCAUUAAUCACCAAAACCAAAUUAAUCAAUCUUGUCAAGUUCCUGAUCUUGAGAAAUCCGAAAUCGGCUAUGUUCAUUACCCAAAACCUCAAACAUUCAAAAGGAAGGAAUGUGCCUGCAAUCCAGUACGGUACUUUGCCAUAUUGUCAAUGCAGAGAUCCGGGAGUGGAUGGUUUGAAACGUUGUUGAAUAGUCACAUUAAUUGCUUCCAAGAUGAGUGUAAUGCUGCUGUUGGAUUCAAAUGGAUGCUUAAUCAGGGUUUGAUGGAGAAUCAUGAAGAGAUAGUGAAGUACUUCAAGAAAAAAGGAGUGUCUGCAAUAUUCCUCUUCAGAAGGAACUUGCUCCGCAGAAUGAUUUCUGUACUUGCAAAUUCCUAUGAUAAAGAUGCUAAACCACUGAAUGGGACGCACAAGUCUCAUGUCCAUUCUCCAUUGGAGGAGGCAGCUGCCAAAGCUGUAGAAUAUUUCAACACCACUCGCCAUAUUGUUGUUUACUACGAGGACGUUCUCAACAACCGCACUAAACUUAAUGAGGUUCAAGACUUCCUUAGGUUGCCCCACAGAGAGCUCAAGAGCCGUCAGGUUAAGAUCCACACGACGCCGUUAUCAAACCAAGUUGAGAACUGGGAAACUGUUGAGAAAACACUCAAAGGCACAUCGUACGAGACUUUCCUCCAUGCAGACUAUCAACUGCCUUCUUCACCACAAUCUGCACUAAUUAAUUUCACUUGA